GUAAUUACAGAGUAUUCUGAACCUGGAAUGUUUCGUGACAGAAGCCAGUCUGACGAGACAAAAGGACACAAGAAUCCGUGACACUCUCUGACUGAUGGGGAGUCAACAAAACACUGAGCGUGUCCUGUCCCGAGACAAAGAGGAGACAGAGAGGGAGUGCUGUCCUUUCAUGCAGAGAGACAGAGUCUGACAGCUGAAGCAUCCUGAUCACAGAGCUGCUCGCCUCCGACUCCUCCAGAGGGUUGUGAUCACCAGCUGAGCGACAUGUUGGGCUUUGUGCUGUACCUGGCUGCAUGCGGCCUCCUGACAGGAUCUGAAGCGAUGUACCAAACCUUCACCAGCCCCGGGGAGGUGAACAUCUCGUCCUGCCCCAUAACUUACUUUGGACAGAGAUAUGAGAAAGUCUUUGUGAGCCUUAAAGCUAACACAUUUGCGUUUUGCUUCACCGACGCGUUCUCACCGGGAUCCUCAAACAACUGCAUCCUGAUGUCUGGAGGUCCGGCUGACAGAGGAGAGCUGGAGGUCUUCAGCAGAGUCAUCCCCUUUGGAUCUGGGGUUCAUAAACUUCUGCCGGACCUGGAGUCGGUCGGGGAGUGUGUGAACGUGAUCGCUCUGAAGGACAAUAAAGAAGCUGAAAUCCAGCAGGUCGAACUUGGGAACUUUGGAUCACAAGCCAUCCUGGGGAUCAAGACGUUUACCGGCUACCCAAACUCAGCUGUUGACGCCGUCUCUCAGGUGAACGGACAGACAGUUUCCAGUGAGACGUUUCAGACGGCUGAGACGAUUAACGGUGUCAUCACAGACAUCAGUGGAUGCAGACUCUCAGGUGUCGUUUAUAAGACCAACACGACAGACGUCCCAAACACCUGCUCCACGGUGGUCUGUGGUCCCAGUGGGGUUGCCAGAGUGGUCAGUAAGUGUGGACCCAUGCAGCGCUGCCAGGGUGGGAGGUGUGUCCAGAGCAGCACGUGCACCGUGGCUGCUUCUGCUGUCAUUGAUUUCUCUGGGAGAGUCCACACCGUACCCGACAGAUGUGGGUACACCCUGCUGAGCCCCGGGUCCAUCCCAGGGCUGAAGGUGCAUGGGCUGUUCAAGGAGAGACGGCGUGCAGAUGUCAGCUUUCUGGACCGUGUUGUUCUGAAGCUGGAUAAAGGAAGUGUUGAGGUCGUCCUGGAGCAAGGCAGAGUUAAGUUGAAUGGGAAAGUGUUGGAGCUCAACGCCACGGCUCAGGAGUUCAGUGGCGUGGAGCUCUCCAAGGACCAGAUGGGAGCGACCGCUAAAGUCUCAUCCUCCAGCCACGCGGUGACCGUCUUCUUUGACGGGGACAAAGCUCUUAUCCAGAUAACGGGACCCAAAGGGACAGUUCAGGGUCUGUGUGGAGACAACAGUGGAGACUUCAGUGGAGAGAAGGCGUCUGAGUACAGCUCCAGCGGGUGUGAGGUUCAGCAUACAGACCCUGCUGACACCAACGUAGACUGUGGCGCUGCAACUAAAUGGUGUAAUCUCCUGAAGCAGGCUCCUUUCUCCGCCUGCAACGUGCACAUCGACCCCGAGCCUUUUAUAACGGCCUGCAACAAAACAUUGUGCGAGUACCCUGCAGUGGACGGACUCAAGUGCAAGUCCCUGGAGACCUACGCCAUGCUCUGUGGACGGACAGGAAACGUGACGCUGGAGGACUGGAGGAAGAAGACCGGCUGCUCUGCUCAGCCGUCCUGUCAGGAUAAGGUCUGCAGUGAUCAUGAGUUUUGUGGGGAGCUUCACAUCGGGGGUCGACCUCGCUGCCUCUGCCGCGCCAUUUUUGCCUCCAAGUACAGAUCAGAAAACAGUUACGGCGAGCCGACGGUCUGCGAGCACAAGUCGGCCACGGUGAAGCUGGCGAGCUGUCUGCUGGCGGAGCACGGCAUCGACUCCUCAGUCUUACACCUGAACGAUCAGACCUGCAGGGGGGAGAAGGACGAGGAGACCCACAUGGUGAAGUUUCACUUUGACAACAGGAACACGUGUGGUACGGUGGUCCAGGCGAACGACAGCAGAGUGAUCUACAAGAACACCAUCAUGACGCAGAACGUCUCCACACACGGCUCCAUCUACCGCCACGACCACAUGCACGUCGACUUCUCCUGUUACUACAAUCAGCCGGAUGUGAAGAGCAUGGCUGUCAAACUCAAACACAGCGCCGUGGACCAGCACAUCACGUCUGGAGCCUGGAGUUACAACCUGACCAUGAAGGGCUACAUCGAUCCUCAGCUCUCCACACCCAUCGAGUCCAGCACGGGUAUCGAUCUGGACGAGAGGAUCUGGGUGGAGCUGAAGACGGAAGGCCUGGAUGAGAACUUAGUCCAUGUGGUGACUCAGUCCUGCUGGGCGACCGAGCAGCCCUCCCCGGACGGGACUCUGAGAUACAACCUCAUCGUGAACGGCUGUCCUAAUCCUGCUGACGACACGGUGAGGGUGGAGAACAACGGGAAGACCACGCACAACCAGUUCUCUUUCAACUCCUUCCAGUUCAGCGGCAGUACCGGGGACGUGUACCUGCACUGCAAAGUCCAGCUCUGUGUGAAGGAGGGGAACAACUGUGAGCCGACGUGCCACCGGUCUGGGAGAUGGCGCCGAUCCAUCAUGUCCGGUUCUAAUGACGAGAACCCCGCCCUCAUCUCCAUGGCCUGGACCUCUUAGGUUACCUUUGAGAUCUGGACUGAGCGGUGAACUCAAACACAAGUCUGGUUCCUGUUUGGGAUCAGUCCUGCAGGGGAGUCCACCAGAGACCAGACCUCAUACUCCAGCAGACUCUGAACAUCUGGACGAACACACCUCUCCUCUCUGGCUUUAGAAACUCCUCUUUAUGUUGGUGUCUGGGUUUGUUUCUCUUCUGAGGGAUCAGAUGUUUCCUGUGGUGUUCUGAAGGUUUGAUAAUGACACAGAGAAGAAGACCGACCGACACGUGGGAUGGAUCCUGUGGGACUUUUUUAUUUCUGUGUGAUUUGUUCUGUCCAGAUAUUAUUUACAUCAAGACAUCAAAAACAAUGUGAGGAUGUUUUGAAGCCUUCAUCUUUCAGUGUGUGACGCUGACACAGAGAUCUUUACUCUGAAGCUAUAUAA